AUGAUAAUAACUGAAGGACGAAUCUCAGAGAAGAUGAAACAAAAUAAAUUAAAAGAAAAAAAAACUAAUAUAAACGAUUUGUCAAAGAAAAGGAAAAGGAAAAAAGAAAAUGGCGACACGGGUGUAGGAGAAAAGAAUUUAAAGAGAGGAAUAAGAAGCCAGGUGAAACAUCAAGGAGACCAAAGAGGAAAAAGACAAAAGGGAAGAAAAGAUAUUUACCAAAGAAAAAAGGGGAUUAAAGGUUACAAAAAUAAACGUAAGAAAAGUAAAACGAAAGAAAGAGAAGAACGAGAGGGUAAAAAAAGCAAAAAGCGACAAAAAAUUAAAAAAGAAAAAAAUAGCAGAAAAGGGGGGAAAAAACAAAAGAGCAAAAAAAAAACAACCAAAUAA